AUGACUCUGAGCUCAGAGAUGUCGGAUGCCUCCAUCCUUUCGGAAGAGACCGACAUAGACGUGGUGGGCGAGGGGGAGGAUGGGGACAACCAGACGCGCUCCUACGUGGACGAAGUGGCUCAGAUGCACGACGGCAUCCUCCUGUCCGGCUCUCCUCCUCCGUGCCUGGACAGCUCCACCUCCACAAGGGAUACCUACAAGCCGGCGGGCAAGAACACCCUGGUGAAGCCCCCUUACUCUUACAUCGCCUUAAUCACCAUGGCCAUCCUGCAGAGCCCCAAAAAGAGGCUCACUCUCAGCGAGAUCUGCGACUUCAUCAGCAACCGAUUCCCGUACUACAGGGAGAAGUUCCCGGCCUGGCAGAACUCCAUCAGACACAACUUAUCCCUCAAUGACUGCUUCGUCAAGAUACCGAGGGAGCCAGGGAACCCCGGCAAGGGCAACUACUGGACAUUGGACCCUGAAUCGGCUGAUAUGUUUGACAACGGGAGCUUUCUGAGGCGGAGGAAACGCUUCAAGAGGCAGCAGGCGCAGGACUUGCUGCGGGAACACAACACUUUUAUCCCCGCAGCUGCUGCGUACGGGUACGGACCGUACGGCUGCGGAGGAUACGGCAUCCAGCUCCAAUCCUACCACACACACUCUGCGCUUUUCGCUUUCCAGCAGCAGCAGCAGCAGCAGCAGCACUCCAGGCAUUCACAUACACAUUCACACACGGGAACCAUUAUCCCAGCACCGUCUUUGAUGCCCACCAACACGGACUUAGCCAGGAGUAGGUUUUAUCCCCAGCUCAGCUCCAGUCUGGGCUCAGCCAGCGUGCAGGCUGCAGUCCCGGUGCAGAAGUCCAGCUCUCCGGCGCAGCGGUCUCCAUUCUCCAUAGAGAGUAUCAUCGGAGGGUCGCUGAGCCCCUCCAGGACUUCUCCGGUCGUUGUCCCGAUCUUACCGAGCUCUCUGGGGCCUCCGGUGGCCGGUCAGCCACAUCCCGGAGCAGUUUUACACCCGGUUGAAAACUUUCCAAACAGAGUUGUGAGCGGCACUAGUGGCUGUUAA